AAAUUAUUUAAUUUUGUGUAAAUGACAUAUAUAAACAUUUAUAUUAUUGUUAGUUAAACUUUCUUUAAAAUAAUUUACUAUUCAUAUUAUUACAUUGAAUACUAAUAUUUAUAAAAAUUGCGAAUGUCUUUAAAUUACUAAAAUUACAGUCGAUUUUAUUAAUUAAUCUGAUAGCUUUAAGAAACGUUUUAAAUUCAUUUCGUGCAUUAUAUAUGGCUGUAAUUAUUCCUCUGAGUCACUCAAUAAACAAUUAGUGAAAAAGUAGUUGAUUUCUUAAAACAAGUGUUAUUUAAUACACAAUUGCCUCGAUAAAACAGUUUAUGAUAAGAUUGUUUGAUAACUGGUUAUAUCUAAAUACGCUUUUUUUCAUUCAGCUAUUCUCAUUGAAGCAGGUCCACACAUUCAACGAGAUGUUCGCAAUAAUAAUCUCUUUGGUUGUCAUCGCUGCUGUAGUUUAUUAUAGACGUUACCGCUCCUUUUACAGUCACUGGGAUAAAAGAGGUAUCCCAGCAAUACCAGGAUCUGUACCUUGGGGUAGCUACUCCAGCCGCUCCCAUAUGAGACAAUACCAAGGGUUCUCGUUGGACAAGUUUUACUAUAAGAUGACAAACCAUCCAUAUUUUGGCUUCUACGAUAUGAGAUCACCCAUACUGAUCGCGAAAGAUCCCGAAGUGAUAAGAUUAAUCCUAACGAAAGAGUUCUCUCAUUUCAUAGAUCGGACGUAUACGGGACUGCCUAAGACUGAUCCGCUACUCCACUAUCAGCUGUUCUCUCUUAGCGGAAACAAAUGGCGAGCCCUGAGGACUAAGCUCACUCCCACCUUCACCAGCGGGAGAAUGAAGGCUAUGUUCCCACUCUUCCUGGACUGUGCCCAAGGCCUGAACAGUUUGCUCUGGUCACGAGUGGGGUCGAUUGUUGACGUGAAGGAUGCGGUAGCUCGAUUUACAACAGACGUCAUAUGCAGUUGUGCUUUCGGACUCCAAACCAAUACUGUUGUUGAACCCAACCAUCCACUGCGUAAAGCCGCAGCAGACUUCUUAGCCUUUGGUGAUUCACUCUACCUUAAAUUCAGAUUAUUGUUAACUCUACUUUCGCCAUUCAGAAUUCCCUUUAACAGGUUCACGCCAAAGUCGGUUGAAGAUUAUAUCAUGAAACUUAUAUCGGAUACGGUGGAAUAUCGAGAAAAGAACAAAAUUACAAGAAACGAUUUUUUGGAACUUCUCAUCCAGUUGAAGAAUAAGGGUUCUCUCAAAGACGAGAGAAAGGAAGAGGUUGAAGAAAACUUCGAGAUCAACCUGGAUGUAAUGGCUGCACAAAGCUUUCUUUUCUUUUUUGCCGGAUAUGAAACUUCAAGUUCCGUUCAGACUUUUUGUCUUUACGAGCUUGCCUUGAACCAGGAUAUCCAACAGAAAUUGAGGAAUGAGAUACAAGAAGUAAUCAAAAUACACGGGGAAGUCACAUACCAGGCAGUGAAUGACAUGAAAUACUUACAUAUGGUCGUGUCAGAAACCAUGAGGAAAUAUCCGACUUUACCAGCGUUAAUGAGAAGGUGCGUUAUACCAUUCACAAUGCCAGAUGGUGGAAAGAUACAGAAAGGAGACCAAAUUUUCAUUCCAAUCUGGUCGCUGCAGCAUGAUCCUCAGUACUUUCCCGACCCCGAGAAGUUCGACCCAGAGAGAUUCUCUCAGGAAAACGAAAGGAACAUCAUACCUUAUACCUACCUUCCCUUUGGAGGAGGGCCUAGAAUGUGUAUAGGCAAUAGGUUUGGACUCUUGCAGACUAAAGUCGGUCUGAUCACUGUAAUUAGGAAUUUCCAAGUGCUCCCCUGUGAUAAAACCAGCAUACCUCUGAAAUUAGUAAAAAAUUCGAACAACAUUACCGCAUGCGAAGGACCUAUCAUCUUGAAAUUAAUCCCUACGGCACCAGAAAACUAGAAAAACUUUAUCCACUGCUGCUAUUAUUGUUUAAUAAUUUGUGAUAUGAUAUAAUUUUAAUAUACAUUAUUUAAUUUAAACAUUAGCCUAAAUAAUUUGUUCUCAAAGCACUUUCCUUAAAAAAAAUUAUCAUAAUAACAUAUAGAAUACUCAUUCCUCCUCUUAUUAAGUAAUAAUUUAAAUUAAAUCAUAAACUUUG